UCCCUUGAGAAUGAUGAAGUUUACAUACCUAGGUUCAAAUCCAAACUAAGAUGGUACUACAAAUACUUGAACAAUCCAUUAGGACGAGUAUUCGUACUUGCCUUCACCCUCACUUUUGCUUGGCCUUUAUACUUGGUGUUCAAUAUCUCCGGCAAAAAAUAUGAUCGUUUUGCAUGUCACUAUGAUCCAUAUAGCCCAAUAUAUAUUGACCGUGAAAGGCUACAAAUCUACAUCUCAGAUGCAGGUAUUCUUGCAACAACUUAUGUGUUGUAUCGCGUUGCUUUGACACAAGGGGUAACUUGGCUUGUAUGCAUCUAUGGAGUGCCCCUUCUCAUUGUGAAUGGCUUUAUAGUGUUGAUCACUCUUAUGCACCACACUCACGCUUCAUUGCCACAUUAUGAUUCAUCGGAGUGGGAUUAUCUAAGAGGAGCUCUAGCUACGGUAGAUAGAGACUAUGGUGUGCUAAAUAAGGUGUUCCACAAUGUUACAGAUACUCAUGUUUUGCAUCAUAUAUUCUCAUACAUAUCACAUUACCAUGCAAUGGAAGCAACUAACGCUAUCAAACCGUUGCUUGGUGAAUACUAUCAAGUUGAUGAUACCCCAAUUUUAAAGGCAAUGUGGAGGGAUACCAAGGAUUGCAUCUAUGUUGAGAAAGAUACAGGUUCUCAUCAAGGCAAAGGUGUUUACUGGUAUAAAAAUAAGCUUUGAAAUUAAGUAGAAUACCAUUAC